AUGAAAGCUCGUUCAAUUACUCAACAAGGACGACUUGAUACAUUCUUUUCGAUUUCUCGUACUGUUACAACAACAACACCAGCUGCGAAAAAAACUGAAACUGCAGUUACUCCUAAUAAAGGCUUAAAACGUAAAGCGGGUGCAACAACAGAUGCUAAAGCUAAAGGCAAAGCUGCUGGUGGUUCAGCUAAAAAACCUAAAAUUAAAGCUACGAAUGUUUUACGACAUGAACUUGAAACAUUAAAACCAGGACGUAAAGUUUAUAUACAACAACCUGGUAGUCUAGUUUUUUUCAAAGGUGAUAAAGAUACUGCACUUAAAAAUUGUCAUGAAACAUUAAAAUCUCUUCAACGUGAAAAUCAACAAGUUGAAUCUAAAAUGGAUCAAACUUCGUAG